GGGGCUCGCGGCGCUGUCACAGGCUCCGGCGGCAGCAUCCCAGCCAGGCCUGUGCCGCUCGCAGCUCCCGGGCGUGAGCGCGUGCCGCCUCCACGCCCCUCCCGCCUGCAGGUGCCGGGACACUCCGAGGCGCGGCGCCGGCCUGAACCUCUGCCCCCGCUCCCCGGGUGCCAGCGCGCGGCCGCCAUGGCUCCGGUGCUGCUGCUCCUAGGUGGCUUCCUGCUGGCCAGCUCCGCGCGGGGAAGCGGCGGCGGCUCCUCGGCCCCCACUACCAUCACAUGCCUUACAAGGGGAGUUGAUCUCAGAAAGGAGAGAGCAGAUGUCCUCUGUCCAGCUGACUGUCCACUGUGGCAGUUCUAUGUCUUUGGGAAUGCAGUUUAUGCCUCCCUUUCUAGCAUCUGUGGAGCUGCCAUUCACAGAGGAGUGAUCACCAAUGCAGGAGGAACUGUAAGGGUCCAGACUCUGCCAGGACAAGAGAACUACUCUGCUGUAUAUGCCAAUGGGAUCCAAUCUCAGGUGCUCACUAGAUGGGCUUCAUCUUUCUCAGUAGCUGGGACCAAGAGUGGAGCACUUGAAGCAGUUGGACGACCACCAUCAACAUCACGUCCCUCCACAGGUAAACGACUUAAAAAACCUCUUGAGAAAAAAGUUGGGAACAAAGACUGUAAAGCAGAUAUUGCUUUUCUUAUUGAUGGAAGCUACAAUAUUGGACAGCGAAGAUUUAAUUUGCAGAAGAACUUUGUUGGGAAAGUAGCUGUGAUGCUGGGAAUUGGAACUGAAGGACCACACGUGGGAGUUGUGCAAGCCAGUGAGCAUCCAAAAACUGAAUUUUAUCUGAAAAACUUUACUGCUGCAAAAGAUGUUUUGUUUGCAAUAAAGGAGAUAGGCUUCAGAGGAGGCAACUCCAAUAUGGGAAAAGCUUUGAAACACACUGCUCAGAGAUUCUUCUCUCUGGAAAAUGGAGUACGCAGAGGGAUUCCCAAGAUCGUGGUAGUUUUUAUAGAUGGCUGGCCCUCAGAUGAUAUAGAAGAAGCUGGAAUAAUGGCCAGAGAAUUUGGUGUUAAUGUAUUCAUUGUGUCUGUAGCAAGACCCACAACUGAGGAACAGGGAAUGGUUCAAGACGUUGGCUUUGUUGAUAAGGCUGUCUGUAGAAAUAAUGGCUUCUUCUCUUACCAUAUACCUUCCUGGUUUGGUACCACCAAAUAUGUAAAACCUCUUGUCCAAAAAUUGUGUUCUCACGAGCAGAUGCUGUGUAGCAAAACUUGCUACAACUCUGUCAAUAUAGCUUUUCUGAUAGAUGGAUCUAGCAGUGUUGGAGACAGCAACUUCCGCCUCAUGCUUGAAUUCAUCAGUAAUGUUGCCAAAACUUUUGAGAUCUCCGAUAUUGGUUCCAAAAUUGCAGCUGUGCAGUUCACUUAUGAUCAGCGCAUGGAAUUCAGCUUCACUGACUAUGCCACAAAGGAGAAGGUUCUCUCUGCUGUGAGGGGCAUUCGUUACAUGAGUGGUGGCACCGCUACUGGUGAUGCCAUUUCUUUCACAACCAGAAACGUGUUUGGACCUGUGAAAGAUGGACCCAACAAAAAUUUCCUUGUUGUUCUGACCGAUGGUCAAUCUUAUGACGACGUUAGAGGUCCUGCCGCUUCAGCACACAAAGCAGGUAUUACAGUCUUCUCUAUUGGUGUUGCUUGGGCACCACUGGAUGAUCUCAAAGACAUGGCCUCUGAACCGAAAGAGUCACACAAUUUCUUCACAAGGGAGUUCACAGGAUUGGAGCAGAUUGUGCCCGACGUUAUCAGAGGCAUUUGUAGAGAUUUUUUGGACUCUAAACAGUAGAGGAAAGGCUGUUGGAUGCCACUUUGGUGAAAUGAGAUCAGGACAGCUGGGAAGGUCUUUCUACUGUGCAAAUAUCCCAUUCUUUUAAUAUACAGUUCAAGUCUUGGGAUAAGAUACAAGGAGUUACACUCUGCUUUCUAAACUCAGAUAAAAGCUUCCACUGACUUCACUGCAAAUUUUGCUUGAUUAGGGACUACAGGAUUUUGCGGAAAGUUAUUCUUUUAAAUGUAUAUUAACACUCCCGACUUUAAAUCUAAAGUUAAGCAAACAUCAUUACACUUAAAGUACCAGGUAUCAGCUGUAUGUAUAUAAAGAAAAUGCAAGAUAAUAUUUGUGGGCUGGCAUUUGUUGAAUGUCCCCUCACAAAUGAAAAUUAAUAUAGUUUUAGGUUUCUAACGCCUUGUACACAAUAUAUAUCUUUUAAGUUUCUUCAUUUCUUCCAGAAGGUGCUCUCACUAUUGUGAUGAGAGGACUAGAUGGGGAAUUUGUAGUUUUCACAGAAGUACAGUCAGUGUUCCAUUUGUGCAACAUCUACUUCAGCUACUAUUAAAAGGGGUGGAUUGUAAAAAUGUGUAUCCGUUUAAAGCAAAACAGUCUUGUUCUAUUGAAUGAGAGCCUUCUACAGCGAAUUAUAUUCUAAUUUGGCUGGUAAAUCUGGUUUCAAAAGAAACCAAAGCCCAAGGAGCAAUUCUAUAAAGUAUUUAGGCCUAGAAGUUACAAAGACAUCUAACUCUCAUUAAUUUCAAUGGGAGAUAGAUGCCUAAAUAGUUCUGACAACAUGGGGCUUGGUGCUUUGGCUAAAUUGUCUUCCGACUAUUACUAAAUACAAUGGCAAAAUUCCCAGUAAAUUCACCCACUGCCUUGCACAGUGAGUAAUCAUUUACAUGUGGGAGUAAAAUGCUACCGUACUUAUUUAGUAGUAUUUUACCUUGUGUUUUUACAAGUAUGAAUGAUUGGACCAAGUUCCAGGCAGGGCCAUAGAGACUAGAUUAGAGCCUUCAGUUGGAAUUAAGGACAUACAGAUUGGCAUCCAAAAUGAGCUCAGACCAUCUAUAGUCUAUAUUAAGUUAUUCAGCCAGGUAGAGGGGAGUUAAGUAGGAAGAAAGAUAGGUACAGGAGACAGCAGCUGAUUACUUUUAGAGUAAUUAUUUAUGAAGCCACUUAAAACAGAUUUAAACCUUCAUGUUAUUUUUAAAAUAUGAAAAACAGUUUUUUAAAACUUUCUCUUCCAUUACAUUGUGUACAUUACAUUGCACACAUAUGUAUGUGGUUAAAAUUAUUUAACAGUUCACUGUAAGGCAUCUAUCAAGCAUCAGAAGUGGACAAUACAUUUUGACCCAAAUGUUUUUUGAUAACCUGAUUUAUCGGAGGUAAGCUAGUUACCAAACAAAAUUUUCUUGUUCAGCUCUCAAUAUGGGGGUUCUUUCAUUGUUCUCAUUUUGUUCCCUUGAUUGUAAAAUGAUAAGCAGUUACAAAUGGGAAGGGAUCAUAUUUAUCAGGCUUUUUGUAGUGUAUAUUUUUAAUAACUUAUGACUGGCUAUAUAUUACACUAAACAUGAAUGGCGAAGAUGCCUUGUAUUUUUCUAUUAAUUGUUAUCCUUAAAUUUGUAUAUGACUAGAGAUAUAUGGUAUUCAGGUACUCCUGUAUGAAUCACCCCAGUACUCAGAGUAAAAUAUCAAGACUAUGCAGACUAUACACAUUUUAUGCAUUUAGCUCUACUGACAUGAAAAUACACAACUGCAAAUAAACUUUCAUACUGGGAUUGCAGCUAGUUAUUUUAAAACUGUGUAAUGCAAAAACAAUUCUAUUUUGAAUGCCCUGUAAUACAUUUUGAAUACAUCAAUAAAGCAAUCAUAAAGAAUGCACAUCAU